UUUUAAUUUUCCGAUUUCCGAAAAUUGAACCAGAUCAUCUGUCGACAAAAAGUUAUGGAAUUCAAGUUGAUUUGUCAAACAGUUGAUUGGUUUUUCGGAAAACGCACAAACAAAUUUUACGUAGCACUUGCGAAAAUAGAUGUACGGCUGUAUCUCCUCAACGCUUUAUCGUAUUCAGACCAGACCUGGUCUAUGUCAUCACAAGCAUGACCUGAGGUUACAUGCUGCGAUUCGGCAGCGCCACCUACUGGUCUGGAGAAACGAAAAAUGGCUAUUUUUGCAUAUAACUUCUAAACGGUUCAUCCAAAAAUCAUAAAAGUGGCCUCAUCAGAUUCGGGGAUAUCCAAUAUCAGCCAUUUUGAAUUUUGUAGUAAAAUGCUGUGUUUUAAAAAUGAAAAUGAAAACAGGCCCGUUCAGACCAAGAAAGAUAACUAUAUUAGCGUCCACACCAGCGCAUGAUAACAUUUCAUUUAUCAUAAGUGCGUGCUACAGUUUUGUCGUCUGUUGCUUUAAAUGCUCGAGCUCUUUAAAGUCAGAAUCUGAUUGGCGUAUGAAAGUGAUCCCAGUGAUAUCAUUCCUCCGUGUCAUUAUCAGUGCAGUUGUUGCAUGGAUUUACUAUUCUCAUAGAAUUAGAACGAUUAUUAAAACUCUUUCUGGUUGUUGAGUUGUCUUUUUCUUGAGCAUCACAUGAAUGAUGAAAAAACAGACGGAGAUGUGUGUGGAUGAACGUUGACUAAAGGUGUGUGUGUUUUGGCGCUGAUCCUGAAUAUAUUUUCUUGUCUCGUUCUGUUCUGGUCGCUUCGCUCUGCCUGUAGAACCAGUUUAACUGUGUCCAGCGUGACCCAUUUACAGGACCUGAGAGAGACACACACGGCACGCUGUAGCCUACUUACACUAGCCUAUAUAUACACCAGCACAGCACACUCAUUCAAAACUUUCCUCUGGAAGUGUAAUAAUGUAUUUAAUGUGUGUUUGCAUUCACGGCUUCAUUUGUCACUGUCGCUCUCUGUGUGUUUACAGUUAGCAUCGCUCAUACUGAUCUGAACACAAAAUCAACUAAUUGGUUGUAAUUAUCUGGUUUUGGGUUCACCUGAUGUGUUUCAACAUACGAUGCAUUCACGUCUAGACUGUGAUGAACUCAGAUGAUCUGUGUGUGAAUCAGAGUAUAAAGAUUUUCCACGCUGAGAUGUAUUUGUGAUGCGCCUGAGGUUUAAUCGCACAGAUCUGUGGAUCGGGGCCGGCCCAGAAUACUUUACAAGGAUGCAAAAUUAGCUCUUCUAAAAACUGAAUCAGGCAGCUUCCAGUUUACGCCUGCUAUUAACAUCCAUCUCAGCAUUAAAUACGGGUGCAGACGAGGCCCAAAACAUUGUGAUCUGAUCCACAUCUGGAGGUGUUCGGAAACGCACGUUUGUAGUUUUAAUGCUAAUGCAACCUUCAUUGCACUUUUGCAUAAUGAUAAUAUUAUAAUUGUGUGUUUGGGACAUGUUUUUGUAAUCAGGCUCUCAAAAAUGUGUGUUUAGGUUUAUCAGCCAAUAUAUCGAUUAUCAGCUUUCAAAUAUAAACAUUUAUCGUUAUCGGCCAAAAUUUUCAUAUCGGUGCAUCCCUAAUUUAGUCACAUCAUUAGUCCAGUCAGCUUUAUUUUACAGACUGUUUCAAAUCAGCUUCACAGUAAUAAAACAGGAAAAUAACAGUGUCAAUGUUGCAAAAUUAAUAAAUUCAGCUGUAAAGAAGCUCUACAGAAGACAAUAAUUAAGUUCAGUGUUGAUUCGGUUCAGUUGGAUAGUGUCAUUUUGCAGCUCAAUUCAGUUUAUUUUGUGUCAGUGCAAUCAAAUCAAUAAUAUUACUGAAUGUUAAGUGUCUUUUUAAACAGGAUAGUGAACAUUUUCACACUUAAACAUCUUUAAAAGAUAUUUUUACUACCCCAUAAAAUAUUUUAGAUCUUGGCUCAUAUAGGAAAAUAUAUAUUCAUUAUAAAAAUUACCGAUGGUGUUUUAAGAUUUGAUUAAUUUCCCUGACAUUCCAGAUCUUAAAAUAAGAAAAAAAAUUUUGCAGCUUAUUUUAAAGCUUGGUUUUGUCUUUGUUUUAUGUCAUAGUUGAGAACCACUGAAACUUUGUAGUGUGUAUGUGGCCUAAAAGAGAUGAAACUAUGAGCCCGAGUCACGUUGUUGUGUUUAAUCGCUCUGUAGCGUUGUCAGUAUUGCUUAAUCGUGCAAUAUUCCCAUAACACACCAUGAGUACUGAUGUAACGAAGACAAGAAUUAAGAAACUGAAGGACGGAGAGGGAGGGAGAGACAGAGAGAAAGAGCGUGAGCGCUUGAAGGGGUUUGAGAACAUUUCACACGUGCAGCGGAGAAAUGAGUUUCCCUCAGGGACACACACACACACACACACACACACUGAGACAGAGGGAGACUGAAGUACUUCAGCUAGAGAAAGUGAAGCGGACUGACGGACACACGGCUUCAUCAGUAUCAGUGUCACAGAAUCGGACGACAUGCAGGAUUUAACAUCAGGUUUUCUGAGCUCCUGUGUCAUCAGCGAUGGCGCUGGUCCAGUCUCUCCCCGUGUCCAUUGACCAUCCAGGACCAGGCCUGGACCCUCGCCUCCAUCCGAACUCACCUCCUCUAUUGGGAGCGAUGGGUGCCGUCAGCAGCAUGAAGCCGACCCACAUAACUUAUCCCGACCGAGCCAACAUAGAGGUCAGUACCAACUUCCGCAAGGGCACGCUGGGCUCUGGGCGACUGCUGUCCGACGCCUCGCAGGACUUUCAGGCUGGAAGUCGAACUCCGUCCAGCAAGAGAAGGGGCAUCGUUGGCAGAGCGAAAGGCUUCGGGACACGUUCAUAUUCCCAUGAGGACUUGAUAAGGGACUGGAAUGAUAAUCAUUUGGAUGUGGGAAUGGCUGGUGUGGAUGGGCCUCCGAAACUGGUUCCUGUGUCUGGACAGUUAGAAAGGAACAUUCAGCAGGCCAUAAUCAGACCCACUGCCUUCAAACCUGUCAUUCCCAAGAACCGGAACGCCGUGCAGUACUUGUCUCCGCGGCUCGGCGCCGGUCUCUCAGGAAGCCAAGGAAACCUAUGCUUGUUUUCUCCAGAAGAUGAAGACAUCACGCCCGUAACGAUGGAGCGACGCAGUUCUUACAGCGGCGCUCGCAACGGUUUGUUCAGUCAGUCUUUUACCAUGACGGACACGGCACGCAACUCCUUAACAAACCUCCCGGCGUACAAUGGCCCCGUGUAUAACCAAAGCGAGGUGACCAAACAUCACGGACACUCGAACUCAGACAGCGGACGCUCCUCGUCCAGUAAGAGCACGGGUUCUCUGGGCGGCCGCUGUCAGCUGCUGUCGGACAUGGGCUCCGGCAGACCGUCGCCUCCACCCAUUGAGGCCUACGAGGCCAUCGUGAGAGACCUGGAGGAGAAACUGAGGGAGAGAGACCAGGAGCUUCAGCAGCUCAGGGAAAACCUGGAUGAGAACGAAGCGGCGAUCUGUCAGGUGUACGAGGAGAGACAGAAGCGCACAGAGCUGGAGAUGGAGGAGUUCAGACAGACCUGUGCGGCUAAAAUGCAGAAGGCGUCUCAAAAAUCGCAGCGAGAGCAGCAGUUGCUGCAGCUCCAGGUGUUUCAGCUGCAGCAGGAGAAGAAGAAGCUGCAGGAGGACAUGACGCAGCUCCUGCAGGAGCGACAGAGGCUCGAGGAGCGCUGCGCCUCCUUCGAACGAGAGCACACCCAACUGGGCCCCAGACUGGAGGAGACCAAAUGGGAGGUAUGCCAGAAGUCUGGUGAGAUUUCCUUGCUGAAGCAGCAGCUGAAGGACCUGCAGGCCGAUCUGGCGCAGCGCGUUGGUGAGCUGGUGACGCUGCGCGGGCAGCUGAGGGAGGUUCGUGCGGAGCUGCAGACGAGCCAGAGUCAGCUGCAGGAGGCGCACACGGCCUCACGCACACGAACCCUGGAGCUCGAGGUCUGCGAGAACGAACUGCAGCGGCGCAAGAGCGAAAGCGAGCUGCUCAGAGAGAAAAUGAGCCGCCUGGAAGAGGAGUCGUCUCGCCUGCGGGAGGCUCUGAGCGCCUCCUCCGCCGAGGAUCAGCGGCUGGCCAACGAAAGCGAGGAGCUGAAAGGCUCCAAGCAGCAGAUGGACAGGCUGAAGGCGGAGCUCGCUUACGAACGCCAGCAUUCGUCCGAUCGGGCCGCUGCGUUCGAGAGCGAGAGAAAGAGCUGGGAAGAGGAGAAAGAGAAAGUGAUUCGAUACCAGAAACAGUUACAGCAGAACUACGUGCAGAUGUACAAAAGAAACCGCGAUCUGGAGCGAUCGCUCCGUGAACUCAGCCUCGAGCUGGAGUCCAGAGAUCAGGACGACGAGAGCAGCGGAAAUGAAGUCACCUUCGACGACAUCGCUGCAACCGAGAUCUGAAAUCAUCUUCAUCACAUGGUUUGAGGAACAUGUAAUGGGAAAUUGUCACUCUAAAACUAGGUAUUCGUCUACUGCCGCACUCAUUUCACAGAUGUGCUCUGCAUAAAAUGCAAAAAACUCAAAAACUGUGCACAGCAUAAGCUUGUUUGUUACAGUUUGUUACAUAAUUUAUGUGGCCUAAUAAUUGGUGCAACUACAUUUAAUUGACUCUGUGUCAAUUAUUUUUAGGCACAUGUGGCACACAGUAUGUAUGGAAGCUUGUUUCUGCCAUGAAAUAAUAUAAAAGGUAAUUGCGAUUUUUUUAUUUUUUUUUUCUCACAAUUCAGAAUUGUGAGUCAGAAUUGAGUUUAUAUCUUGCAAUUCUGAAUUUU